CAAGACGUGUCCCGGGGAGCCAGUCGUCGGAGCAGAAGAGAGCCAUGAGCAGAGAGAGUACCUGGACGAGUGUUGUGACGGCUGUAGAGCGAUGGAUGGAUGCGAGCGGGAAGAGCCAUGUCGUGGCCUUCUCCUCCGACGCGGGCGGCGUGGCUAUUGACUCAACAGACGCCAAUUCGGCUCUGGCAGCGCUCAUCGAGGCCUUCCGCCGGCACCUCCAUGCCCAUCCCGAGCUCUCAGGCUGCGAGGAGAAGACGGCUGGAAGCGUUGUUGAUGUGCUGCACAUGCUGGGCUUUGCAUCCGAUGAAAUCCGCACAGAGGUCGGUGGCGGCCAUGGCGUGGUGGUGGAGAUCAGCGGGAACGGCGACGGCAACGGCGACGGCGACAGCGACGGCGAGGACUUCGGAAUCCGCGGCGAUAUGGACGCUUUGCCCAUUACUGAGGCUACAGGCUUGGCGUUUAGCUCGCAGGUGGACGGCGUCAUGCAUGCGUGUGGCCACGAUGUGCACACCGCGGCUCUGGUGGGCGUGGCGGCGCUGCUGCGGGCGGCGGCGGUGGGCAGUGGGCUUCCGUUUGAUGCCGUACUCCUCUUCCAACCGAGUGAGGAGGCUGGAUACGGCUCGCUCGAGCUCAUCGACGGCGGCGCGCUUGACGGCGUGAGCUACGUCGUCGGUGGGCACGUCGACUAUCACUACCCCGUAGGGACGGUGGUCAUGCAGGAUGGCGCGGUCAACGCGUCGUCGGACGCGUUCGCCAUCACUAUCGAGGGCGCUGGCGGGCAUGGCGCCCGCCCGCACGAGGCGCUCGACACCGUUGUCGUCGGUGCGCACGUCGUCACCGCCCUGCAGACCAUCGCGUCGCGGGUCAUCGACCCGGCGUCGCCAGUUGUCGUCACCGUCGGCUCCUUCCACGCCGGCACCAAGGGCAACAUCAUUGCCGGCACCGCCGAGCUGGCAGGCACGCUGCGGACACGUGCGCCCGACGCCCGUGCCCACGCUCGCACUGCCGUUGACGCCAUCGCCACGGGCGUCGCUGCCUCGUUCGGCGCGACCGCCGUGGUCACCUGGGACGAGCCCGGCACGCCACCGGUCGUCAAUUGCGCCCGCCUGGCAAGCGCCAUCCGCGAUGUGCUUGCUGCCGCCCCGUGGCUCGAUGCCGUCACCCCAUCCAUGGGCUACGUCAACAUGGGCGCCGAGGACUUUGGCUGCUACGGCGAGCGCGUGCCCGUCGCCUUUGCCCGCUAUGGUUGCGCCGCCUCGGCCGACGCCGUCGCCUCGGCGGCGCCGGCCCACACCGCAGGCUUCUGUCCGGCCGCCGGCACCGCCGCCGUCGCCGCCCGCUGGCUGGCCUCGGCGGCGUACGCUGUCUCGCAGCUGCAACCGUCGUCGUAA